UCCUCCCGAGCGGGCCCCUUCUCGCGGGAGUCCCCCUGGAGCUGCAGUUCCCGGCUGGCCCACUCGCGCCCGCGCGGAGCCCACAGGCACCUGGGGGAGGGGAGUCCUGGGCAGGGCCAGGCUGGGAAGGCGCCGGGCACCGCCGGGCGCUAACAAAGGGAGCUGGCUGCUGGCCGGCGCGGGCGCGGGAGCGGAGCUCAGCGCGGAGCAGCCGCAGCCUCCAGGCGGGGCGCGCAGGAUUGAGGGUAGAGCCAAUUGUGCAGAUCUCUGCAGUGAGCAGCCCAGGGAGGAGCCACCAGUGUCUGGGAGCCCAGCUGAAAUGAACCGGCUCUCCUGAGCCUGUCUCAAGCCCGUCUGCCAGGUUUCAUCCCAGUGCUGAGAUGUUUUUUAAUCACCCUGAGAAAAAUGGGCCUUGGCCUCCAGACACAAUAAAGCAAACCUCCCGUCCAUGGAGAGUAGUGCUGGUUCCUGAGGAUCUGGGAGGCCUGCAGCCCCAGGGGGAUUAGCCAGAAGCAGAUUUGUUUCCCUGCUUAAAACAGAGCUACACUCAGCUUUCAUUAUGUUUCACACCAACCUGAAGAAAAAAUUCAGCUACUGUAUCCUGGUCUUUCUCCUGUUUGCAGUCAUCUGUGUGUGGAAGGAAAGAAAGAAAGGGAGUUACUAUGGCUCCCUUAAAGUGCAAACCAAGGAAUUCCAGGUGCUCAAGAGCCUUAAAAAACUGUCCAUGGGGUCUGGUUCCCGGUCUAUGUCAUCAAGCAGUACCCAGCUCCCCCACCGGCUCACCCAGACCCUCAGUCCCAGGGUCCCAUCCAAGGCCAAACUGCAGCCCACCUUCCAGGUGUGGAACAAAGACAGCUCAUCCAAAAACCUUGUCCCCAGGCUGCAAAGUAUCCGGAAGAAUUAUCUUCGCAUGAACAAGUAUAAAGUAUCCUAUAAGGGGCCGGGGCCAGGCGUCAAGUUCAGUGCAGAGGCUCUGCGCUGCCACCUCCGGGCCCAUGUAAACGUAUCCAUGGUGGAAGCCACAGAUUUUCCCUUCAAUACCUCUGAAUGGGAGGGUUACCUGCCCAGGGAGAACAUUAGGACCAAGGCUGGGCCGUGGCACAGGUGUGCUGUUGUCUCAUCAGCGGGAUCUCUGAAGUCCUCACAACUGGGCCAAGAAAUAGAUGAUCACGAUGCAGUCCUGAGGUUUAAUGGCGCACCCACAGCCAACUUCCAACAAGAUGUGGGCACGAAAACUACCAUUCGCCUGAUGAACUCUCAGUUGGUCACCACAGAAGGGCGCUUCCUCAGGGACAGUUUGUACAGUGAAGGAAUCCUGAUUGUGUGGGACCCGUCCAUGUACCAUGCAGAUAUCCCAAAGUGGUACCAGAAUCCCGACUACAAUUUCUUUAAUAACUAUAAGAGCUAUCGCAAGCUGCACCCCGACCAGCCCUUUUACAUCCUCAGACCCCAGAUGCCUUGGGAGCUGUGGGAUGUUCUUCAGGAAAUCUCCCCAGAAGAGAUCCAGCCAAAUCCCCCAUCCUCUGGGAUGCUCGGUAUCAUCCUCAUGAUGACGCUGUGUGACCAGGUGGACGUUUAUGAGUUCCUCCCAUCCAAGCGCAAGACUGACGUGUGCUACUACCACCAGAAGUUCUUUGACAGCGCCUGCACGAUGGGUGCCUACCACCCACUCCUUUUUGAGAAGAAUAUGGUGAAGCACCUCAACGAGGGCACAGAUGAAGACAUCUACCUGUUUGGGAAAGCCACACUGUCUGGCUUCCGGAACCUUCGCUGCUGAGCCUGGGCCCCUGGUCAGGCACCUUCUUCUUCUCCAUUGGUCAUUUUAUGGCUGCUCAUUGGCCACUGCAGCCCAGGAGGACCAUCUUCAGGAGCAGCCUCAGCCAGCUGAUUGGACUCUAGAGGCUCUAGAGGGCAGGGCCUCUGGGGUUUCCAGAGACCAGGGCCAAAGAAACCAGGCCCAGCCUUCCUCACAGGGACAGAGCUUGUCAGCCCAGCCUCCGGUCACACAAACAGACACACAUACCUGACAUCCUUUCUACACAGCAUCUUCCCUCGACACACAGGUAGAGGCAAAAUCUGCCUUUCUCCCCUGGGCUGCCAAAUCUGGGCUUUGUUUUACCCAACGGAAUGAUGUUUUCCUCACAAACCAGCAUUCUGGGUUGCUUGAGAGCUCUACCUAGAUGUCGAUAUUUUAAAGAAACCCCAAAUCAUGAUUGUACCAGGUGCAGGGUGGCUCUGGGGUGCAAGUAGUUUGGGCUAUUGGAAACAUCUCAGUUUCUCCAGAACAAAGUUGCUCAGUGCACUGGGGCAUGUGGAGGGAUGAGCCUGCUCUCCACUUGGCCGGGAGACACACGCUGUACACUGUGCCCAUGGUCCUAGCAAGCUUCAUAGAACUGGGGCAUGGGAAUGGGCUGCACAGGAAGAGAAGAAACAUAUCAAAUAGAUUUCAUCUGAGUCACUUUAACUUUCCUUUCUGCCUUUAUCACCAGUAUUUUAUUCUCUAAGAUCUGCUAGGAUAUAGAGGCUCUGGCCUUUUUAUUUUUUUGAGGAAGCCUCCUACCCACUAAGUGUUGGCACUAAGUGUAGUAUCACAGCAGGCACCAGACAAGCCAGAGCCCCUGAACCCUGAUUUCUGUAGGUUUGGCCUGGCCUGACCUUCUUCACCCAGUGGGGUUUAUGCACUAUAUUCCAACUCUUCCUUUUUUAAUGUCUACACCCCAAACCUCUUCCUAACAGCUGUCAUUUUUACCCCUUUAAUCAUCCCCUCACCAAUUACUGGCAAUCAUAUUUCACUUUAAAAGUAUCCUGACCCCACUUUCUCUGACCUCAUAAGCCUUUUGCAAAAACGGUCUCCUAGGGAGUUGGGGUUGUGCUUCUCUAGGACUGAUGGCACUCCCAGAGGCCAGAACCUGGGAGAUCACAACUGAUUCUCACAAGGCAUGGUGUGUAUGAAGUCACAUUGCCACACCUUCUGCUCAGUCCCAGCAGGGAGGCAUUGUGAGAGUCCCCAGGUGCUAUCUGCCCACUGUGGUUUGCACGGAUGCUCCCCCAAGUUUUUUCCUGUUUCCUGUCCAUUUGGUCCCCAUUGAAGAGAAGUUAGAUGACUUGCUUAAGAUCACACAGAAAGGAUGCAGAGCCAGGGUUUUCAGAACUAGGACUCUGGACUCCCACGUGCUCCAGCAUCGAUAGUGUUUGAGUUCCAAACUGACCAUCUUGGAACUAGAUACUCAUUUACUGCCACUCCCCUGGCCUCUGUAGGCAGAAGAAAAAGCCCUGGCUUUUCAAGUUGAUGCUCCCCUACCUAAUUGCUGUGGCACCUUGGGAAAAUUCUCACCCCUGUUUCCACAUCUGAAAACUUAGGGUGAUGAUCCUACCUUACUGGGUGAUUGUGAGGAUUGCAGAAAAGCAGCUGUAUCAGUAGGUACCUAGUCCAUGAGGGGCUCCUUCCGUUCUUUCUUCCUUCAUCAAGGGCUGCUCUGUGCACAUCUAGGCCCGACCUUGCUGCAAUGGAGAAUGGAGUCGGGAAGGGGAGCGAGGGUCCUGUGCUCAGGGAAUUGGCUGUUUUAUUGGGAGACAACAAUUGCUCCUCUUGGAACAUCUGGAAAAACACUCAAGUCUGCGGACGAUGCAGGGCCUGGCCCUCUUCACUGCCUGCAGCCCAGGUCAGGUCUACUUGGGAAUGAGUGGAGCACGUGGCUUGCUGGACCGCUUAAGUGAGACUCCUUAGCUCUCUGUGGGCCCCCAGAUUCCUGGCUUGUUUUAUGUUCUGAUUGGACAUACUCAUGACCACAGAGUGCUAAGAAAGGUGGCAUUCUGCCAGCAGGAGACAUGUGUCCUCUGUAGAGACAGACUACACUGGGUAGAAUCUAGUUUUCAGGGUUUUUUUUGGUUACCAGGAAUCAAACUCAGGGCCCCUGCAUGCCAGACAGGUGCUGCACCACUGAGCUACAUUCCUGGCCCAUUUAAUUGUUAUUGUUAAUAUGAGAUUAAAUUAAUUUAUGAUUUUGAAAGUCUGCCGAGCUUUGAAUUCUAUGCUCUGUAAAUGUGGAAACCUUGGAGAAAUGCAAAGAAGAUGUGGAUGUAAUCAUUGGCCUGUGUUUAAUGUUUUUGACAGAUAAUUUUAAAGCUAUGUCUGAAUGCUGCGGGAAAGCCUGUCUGUGUGAUUCCGUCUUCAGGAGGCAUCUAUUCCUCCUGUAUCAUGCAGUCCCCUCUAAUCCUUCCAAAUAAGCUAUUGCUGUUCGUUUGGAUUUGAGACUUUAGUCUCACCAGAAAGUUCUGAAAUAUGCCUAAGCUAGUUCUGAAUUACCCAAAGAUUGUAUACAUUUGUAAAAUAAAGGUGAUUUUUAAAAA